GAAAACAAUAUGCUUGUUAUUAAAUAUCUGACAAAGAAUAUGUUGCACACCUUUUUUACUAGGGCUUCCCUGGAAAUGUCGAUCAAAUUAAGAUGCGACGAUCCAGCCAGUUUCGACUCUCAGUCAAGCAGUUCGCCCUGUAUGUUUUUUUCCAGGAUCCUUCCUGAUACAAUUUGGACCCCACGAAGACAUUUUUCUUUAGCUAUCUAAGGAGCAAGCUUCAAGGUUCUUUCCUGCGUCUUCAGUCAGCUUGCACGCCUGAGGUUUUCCUUUUCCUUUUCCCUUCAACCUUAUCUGUUUUUCUGUGUUUUUGUUUCUUUUUUUUCUUCUUCCAAUAGGAGGAAGCAAAAAACAGAGGACAGAAUGGCUACCCUGUUGAAAGAGCUGCCGUCUUUGUCCGCCCUUGUCUCCGCAUAUGCCUCUAUCUCGGCCAUGGCCAUGCUAAUCCGUACGAUGAUGAAUGAAAUGCUCCCAGAACGGAUGCGGAACUACAUCGCGUCCAAAUUUUCCGAAUUGACAUCCGCUUACUUCUCUUCGGACUUCACCUUCGUCAUCGAAGACCGCUGGCAAGCUGCUGAUAACCUAAUGUUUCGUGCUGCUGAGGUCUACUUGCCCACCAGAAUUGGGCCUUCCAGCGACAGUCUCCUCGUAGGUUGCAAUGACUCCAGUGACCCAACAGCUCCGCCCAAACGAAGCAUCCCUGUAGAUUGCACGAUCACGGAUGAUUUUGAGGGCAUGCGCUUGAAGUGGACUUUCUCUUCAAUUGAGACCAAAAAGUGCUACGUCCCUAACAAGAGAUUCUUCAGCUUGACCUGCAACAAAAUCCUCAGAGAAAGAGUUGAGCAGGAGUACCUCCCCUACAUCAGCAAAACCGCACAAGAAAUUCUUAAAAAGCGUGAGAGCCUCAGCAUUUACACAUAUGACCAAGAAUAUUCCAUGUGGGAGUGCGCAGUUUUCAAGCAUCCGGCCACGUUUGAGACUCUGGCAAUGGAGCCAGAGCUCAGGCAGUUCAUAAUGGAUGAUCUUGACUCAUUUGUGCAACGCAAGGAAUUUUUCGCAAACGUUGGUAGGGCCUGGAAGCGUGGGUACCUUUUGUAUGGACCUCCAGGGACAGGAAAAUCAUCACUGGUUGCGGCAAUGGCAAAUUACAUGAGGUAUGAUAUCUAUGAUCUUCAGUUCCAAAGUGUUCGAAACGAUGCUGAUCUCAGGCGUAUACUCACUUCCACCACAAACCAGUCCAUUCUGCUUAUUGAGGACAUAGAUUGUAGCACGAAUGUGUCACGUGAUCGAGCCAAAGUUAAAGAAGAACCAGGGGAAGAAGAUGGAGAUGAAUCGAAUCGUCCUUCUCCUAUCGAUCCUGGGGUAACACUGUCAGGCUUACUCAACUUCAUCGAUGGAUUGUGGUCGAGCUGCGGAAACGAAAGAAUCAUAAUCUUCACCACGAAUCACAAGGAAAAGUUAGACCCAGCUCUGUUACGUCCAGGGCGAAUGGAUGUGCAUAUUUACAUGGGAUAUUGCACUCCUGCAGGAUUCAGAAAACUGGCAGCUACAUAUCUCGGAAUCAAAGAUGACAAACUGUUUGCCUGCAUCGAUGAUCUCAUUAAAAGUGUUGAAGUUACUCCAGCUGAAAUGGCGCAACAACUCAUGAUCAGUGAUGAGCCGGAAGCCGCACUCAAUAGUCUCAUCGAAUUUCUCAACACGAAGAAGACCAAAAUGAAGGAAGGUGGAGCCCAGGAGGAGGAAAAGACUGUUGAAGAGAAGGACGCAGAGAAAAAGAUAGGUGAAAGACAAAAAAAUUCAGAGCAUGCCGAGAUUGAAACAAGAUGCAUAUAUUUGACCUAGUUUAGAACUUGGCUGCAAAGAAAUCAUAAGUCUUGGGUUGCUACAAGACAAAUUUAGUGAUAUGGAAAGAAAAUGAAAUGUUUGUAUCUUGGUACUUAUUUCUUAUUCGUCAAUGAUAAUUAAAUGCUAGAUCAAGCGCAUGUCACAUGCUUUUCCUCACUCA